AUGACACGGAAUAUUCUAAUUGUUGGGGCUACUGGCCAACAAGGCAAGGUCACCGUCGACGCCUUAUUCAGGGCAUUCAAGAACUCUCGAGAACAUGAAGACAUCAAAAUCCUUGCUUUGACGAGGUCAAUCACGUCCCAAAAGUCUCAAGCGCUUCAAACAGAGUACCCAUCUAUUGCCCUUGUGCAAGGUGAUACUCAAUUGCCGCGACCCAUCUUCCAACUACACCCAAAUAUCGCAUCAAUCUUUAUCGUCACAGUCCCGCCAAAUGACGAAGCACAGGCGCUGCCUCUUAUUGAAGCAGCCACAUCGCACCGGUCAGUACAUCAUAUCGUCUUCUCCAGCGUUGAUCGUGGUGGCGACGAGGUUAGCUGGUCGCAGCCAACUGAUAUUCCUCACUUUGCCGCCAAGCACCGCAUUGAGCUCCGACUACGCAAAUUAUGCAAGGAGAGCAACAAACAGUGGACUAUCUUGAGGCCAACUGGCUUUAUGGACAGCUACAACCCUGGCUUCUUCGGUCAGAUGAUGGCGUCCCUUUGGGCAGAAGGAAUGCCAAAGGAUCGAAAGAUGCAGCUGAUUAGCACCCAUGACAUUGGGGUGUUUGCAGCAAAAGCGCUUUUGAACCCAGUUGCUUGGACGGGGAAGGCAAUAGCACUGGCCGGUGAUGAGUUGAGCUUCUUGGAGUUACAAGAGGUCUUUAGAGAAGUGCUUGGAGAGGAGCUCCCUCAGACAUACAAGGUUGUAGCAUAUCCUGUGCUAUGGAUGGUCAAAGAUGCGUCGAAGAGCUUUGAGUGGUUUAGAGAUGCGGGCUGGAAGGCAGAUAUACAGAGCUUGAAGGCACAGGAACCUGACCUCCAGGACUUUGCAUCGUGGUUGAAGGAGUCGAGUAAAUGGAAGCUAGUCUGA